AUGCUAGUCCAUCCACACACGUUGACUGCGCUUGUCGUUUUACUGGCACUUAUGUUCUAUGCUGCCACAAGAUCAAACUAUGAAAACACAGCAGACAAUAUCAAAUUGGGCUUAUUGGCUUCUGUGGCCUGUUUUGUGUUUAUUGGGAUGCUUCAAUUCCCCGACGGUCCUUUUGUACGUCCUAGUAAACCUAUCUGGAGAGCUGUCCUUAGUCUAAGUGUGCUUUAUCAACUCUUUUUGGUCUUUUUAUUGUUUCUGAAUAAAGAUGACGCUCGUUAUUUCAUGACGUAUUUUGAUCCAAGUUUAGGUGUGCUAUUACCUGAAAGAUCUUAUGCUGAUGCUUGUAAACUUACAUGGGAUAACAUCAAAAACCAAAUGGACGUAUUUGUUUUAGCGCAUGCACUUGGUUGGUUCGGUAAGGCUUUGAUUCUCAGAGAUUAUUACUUUUGUUGGAUUAUUUCGGUUGCUUUUGAAUUAUGUGAAUAUUCUCUGGAACAUCAGUUAAAUAACUUUGCAGAAUGUUGGUGGGAUCAUUGGAUUUUGGAUGUCUUGGUCUGUAACUGGCUCGGUAUUGCUGUGGGUAUGAAAUUCUGUCAAUACUUCUCUGUCAAGCAAUAUUCUUGGGUGGGAUUUAGACAGAUCAAGACAAUCCGCGGCAAAGCAAAGCGUGCUGUACAACAAUUCACACCUCGAGAAUGGACACAAUAUACAUGGAAAACAACAAGUUCACCUAAAAACUAUUUUGGUACCUGUCUUUUAUUGAUUUUUUUGCAAUGUGAACUCAACUGCUUUUAUCUUAAAUACUUGCUUUGGGUACCACCAGAACAUCCUCUCAACACAUACCGUCUGAUUCUCUUAUUCUUGUUUGCACUUCCUGCUACUCGAGAAGUCUAUCAAUAUUUGUCUGACAAUACCACUUUACGUAUGGGUGCUCAUGCUUGGUUGUUGAUUUUUAAUAUCAUGACUGAAACCUUGAUCUGCCUCAAGUUUGCUGAGAAUGAAUUCCAUACACCUGCCCCUUUUGUUGUUAAAGCAGGUUGGUCUAUUGCAUUUGCAGUUGCUUUUGUUAUCUUUCCUUUGUGGCGAUUUAUUAUUUCUCCCGUCAAGAAAGUGGAAGGAGAACAGAUUGUUAUCAAGAAAGAUGAAUAG